AUGGCUACCGUGGAUGUACUCCGGAAAGGCGAUCUUUUGGGACCACAGCCAGAACAGGUGGAUCUCCAGGCAGACUUCGAGAAAGCACCUCAAUCUCCAACAUCAUUCGACCCUGUGGCCCUAAAGGAGAAAUAUAUCGAGGAGCGAGAUAGACGACUGAAGCAAUCGUUAUCAGGUAUCGAUCAGUAUCAGCUCAUCGACGAGGAAGGCCAAUUCGCACACUAUCUUAAGGACCCAUGGUGUGAGCCAUUUCAAAGAGAGCCCGUGUCGGAGGUAGACGAUGUAGUGAUCGUUGGCGGCGGUUAUGGCGCACAACUGGUCGCUGUCCGGCUGAUAGAAGCUGGUGUCAAGAACAUUCGUUUGCUCGAAAAAGCAGGUGACUUUGGUGGCACUUGGUAUUGGAAUCGUUACCCUGGCGCACAAUGCGAUAUAGAAUCGUACAUCUACAUGCCACUUCUCGAGGAAUUGGGCUAUAUGCCGACCGAGAAAUACGCAUAUGCUAGCGAGCUGCUUGCCCAUUCAGAAAGGAUCGGCAAACGAUACGGCUUGUAUGAGCGGACACUAUUUCAGACUGAAGUGCACGAGAUGCGAUGGGACGAAGCAUCAAGUCUCUGGACUAUCAAGACAGAUCGCAACGACGACAUCAAGAGCCGUUUCAUCAUCCCUGCCGCCGGACCAUUGCAUCGACCCAAGCUUCCAGGAGUCAAAGGCAUCGAUAAGUUCAAGGGAAAGAGCUUCCACUCCAGUCGGUGGGACUAUAACUACACAAAGGGACACAAUCGUGGGGACUUGACAGGUCUCAGCGAUAAGCGUGUCGGCGUCAUCGGAACAGGUGCGACUGCAGUCCAGAUCGUGCCUAAUGUGGCAAAGUACGCCAAAGAAACCUUCGUCUUCCAACGCACUCCAUCCUCCGUCGACGUGCGAGGGAACCGUCCCACAGACCCAGCUUGGGCACAAUCUCUGAAGCCAGGCUGGCAAAAAGAACGAAUGGAGAACUUCAACAUCAUCGUCAACGGCGGCGUACUCGAAACCGACCACGUCAACGACGGCUGGACCGACAUCCUCCACAAACUCCUCGCCCGCGGAGCCGCCAACGCCGACGACCCCGAAGCAGCCGCAGCAGAACGCCAAAUGGCCGACUUCGAAAAAAUGAACGAAGUCCGCGCCCGCACCGACGCCGUCAUCACCAAGAACAAAGAAACCGCCGACGCCUUGAAACCCUGGUACAAUCAACUCUGCAAACGCCCCUGUUUCCACGACGAAUACCUGCAAGCCUUCAACCAAGAAAACGUGCACCUGAUCGACACCCACGGCGCGGGAAUCUCCGAAAUCACAGAAAAAGGCAUCGUCGCCAACGGCCAAGAAUUCGAACUCGACUGCAUAAUCUACGCUACAGGUUUCGAGCUCGCGACGGACUGGUCCCAUCGUUCCAACAUGGAAAUCUACGGACGCAACGGCCAGUCCAUUACGGAAUGUUGGCGCGAAGGGACUCGAACUUUACACGGUUGGACGACGUAUGGAUUCCCGAAUUGUUUCUGGGUCCAGAUCGUACAGGCGGCUUUGGCGCCGAAUUUUUUGCAUGUGACUGGCGAACAAGCACGGCAUUUGGCGUAUGUGAUUCAGCAGAUUUUUCAUCGGGGGAUCCGGACGUUGGAGGCGAGUGAGAAGGCUGAGGCAGAAUGGAUUAAGACGAUUGAGGAGAUGGCGGUUUUAAGGGUCAAAUUUUUGGUGGAGUGUACGCCGGGGUAUUAUAAUAAUGAGGGAAGUCCGAGUAAAACGGGGCUGAGGAAUGCGACUUAUGGAGCUGGUGCGCCGGCGUUUCUUAAGAUUUUGGAGGACUGGAGGGCUGAGGAUAAGUUGGAGGGGUGUGAGGUUAGUUAUUUGGAGGAUGGGAAGAAAUAG